AAGGAUGUGAACGUAGUCGACUUCACCCGUGCAAAUGCGUCCAAUUCGCCCCCGGUGGGCUUCCUUCGACAGGUUCCGGGCUAGUUCGGGACUCCCUCGUUCCUGUGGCACCGUCCACCCUCUCCCCCGAAUAACACCAAAGUGUACAUCUCAUGUCCUGAGCACUAGGAGUAGCAGUACCGCGCCGUCUCCGGAGAACGCAUUUAAGGCUCGGUUGCAAGAGAUUAAAAACUCGUGUCCCGAGCCGUAUCCGCGUCUCGCAACAGAUGCUCGCACCCUGAGCUGCGCGGAAUUCCGCGCUCGCUACAGCCGUCUGGAUAAUAAUGAAACAGUAGAUGAAGACACGGUCGUGAUUAAUGCCAUCACAGGCAAACCUCAUCGUACCGGACGAGGAGAGCUUACCGUGGAUGCAACAGAGUUGCCUCGUCUCCUCUCCCCUUGUCUCCAUGAUGUCCCGCUCGAUGCAAAGGAGCACGAAGUCUCCCCAUACGCCCGUCAUGUCCAAUUCCUAGCGGACCCAAGUACUGCCAAUCUCAUCAAGGCUCGGGCUUCGAUCAUCCAGUAUCUCCGCCAGUUCUUCCUGGACCGGGCUUUCAUGGAAGUCAGCACACCCAUCAUCGCCUCUAUCGCCGGCGGCGCCAUUGCCCGGCCCUUCUACACCUCUGCCACUGAGUUUCCUGACCGCCAGUUGUCGCUGAGAAUAGCUCCAGAGCUCUGGUUGAAACGGUUGGUGGUUGGGGGCUUUGAUAAGGUCUUUGAGAUUGGUCCGUCAUUUCGCAAUGAGGGCGUCGACAAAACCCACAACCCCGAGUUCACAACGUGUGAAUUCUAUCACACCUAUUUCAACCUGGAGGACCUUAUGUCGAUAACAGAGAGUCUGCUGUCCGGAAUGGCAGAGCAUAUACGUACCUUCAAUGAAAAUGGCACCCUGAAGCCAACAGAGGUGAGCUUCAGCACGCCCUUCCGCCGCAUCGACUUCAUCCCCGCCAUCGAGGAAAAGAUAGGACAUCGGCUCCCUGAGCUCACGGCCGACGACGCGCUGGUUCAAGUCAAGCAAUUAUUCGCCGAUUUGUCCCUCCCACUCCCCAUCAACCCUACUCUCCCGCGGCUGCUCGACGAACUAUGCGCCACAUACAUCGAGCCACAAUGCAUCGAUCCCACUUUCAUCAUCAACCCUCCGGAAUGUCUUUCCCCGCUUUCCAAAACCUUCACCCAUCCCACGACCGGCCAACGCGUUGCCGCCCGUGGCGAGCUGUUCAUCGAAGGCAAAGAAGUAGUCAACACCUACGAAGAGGAGAACUCGCCCUUUGAACAGCGCCGCAAGCUGGAAGACCAAGUUCGCUUCAGCAAAUCGGCCGACGAGUCUGCAGAAGUGGACGAAAGCUACAUCGAAGCCCUUGAAUGGGGGCUCCCUUCUACGGGCGGGUGGGGGUGCGGAAUCGACAGGCUGUGCAUGCUCUUCACGGGGGCAAAGAAUAUCGGGGAUGUCUUGCCUUUUGGUAACAUCCGCACCGUGACGAGGCCUUAUACCGGGCGCAGCGGCUCGGCACCUCAGCAGGAGUAGUAGAUAGUCUAUGGACUUUUUCUGUUUAUUGAUAGAUUCAUUUUCCUCUCGGGAGCGUCAUCUGGGAAGUGGCUCCUCUGCGAUUGUAUUAUAUGUUUCGAUGGCACUGAAUACAACCCCCCAACUUCGAUAUCACCUGUAACGAAUCCUUGUUCCUCCCAUGCAAGAUAUUUCGAGAGAUUGCCGGCCAAUUCAAAAUGCCGGUAAACUGGUAGAGCAGGCACUAGACAGUACCUUUUAGGCUCUAGGUAUAGAGGGGUUCUUGCUGCUAUAAUCCUAUGGCGUAUUCUUGCCAUGCCCCCCCAACUGGUGAUUAUAUAUAGCUCGACCAUCUUUCCCAACAGCCACCUCUAAUUCCUCCAAGUUGAUUGAGGCUUCGUUCUUGGCCAGAUCAGAGGGCAGGUGCAUAGCAAAGCUCAGUAUUUCAUCCAAGGCUCUUCAGGAUCAAACCAGCAACCUCAGCAUCCUGG